AUGUCACGCGUACAAACACUUAGAUCCACGACCCCCGACGUCGAAGCCAAAGAGCACACAGUAUGCGCCACGGAGUCCAUAACAAUUUAUAAAGAUUCCACCCCCGCAAGUGUGGUACCUGAGCAGCGGCGCGGGCAGCCAGCGGCGCCGCACGUCGGCCAGCUGCAGCGCGCGGGCCCGCAGCUCUGCGCGCAGGGGCGCCUCCGCGGCCCGCAGGCGCGCGGCGCGGCCCGCCAAGCGCACGCGCGCGCCCUCUGCCCGCACCCGCGCCCUACCGCCCCUUCUCUAUACUCUCUGACGUGUAAAGGCCCCUUCCACAUUGGACCAACGCAUUGGGCCAAUGCAUUUCACCAACGUGGAGAGGGC